AUGGACCUUGAAAUUACGUUAGCAAUAGAAAAAGGACAACAUCAAUUCCAACAACAACUUAAAUCAAGAAAGGAAAAAUCCCGUGAACAAAAGGUUGUUAAUCUUGUUCAAGGAUUGUCACCUUAUUUGGUUACAGAAGCAACAACUGAAUGUACUAAUCAAUUCUCAAAUAAUCAGCUACUAUAUUCAUGUGAAAGCAUAAUAUCACAAAAUAAUGACGAAAACAAUUAUAAUAAUAUGGAUAUUGACUUCGAUCUAUUAGAGUAUGAAAACGAUGAAUCAGAUACUGAUGAUGAGAUUGAUAAUCAAUCAGAUGAUGAUUUGACUUCGUUACAUGGAAAUCGUCUUACAGAACCUGAUCAAAAUUCAGCACUUCUUCAUCAGUACACUCAUAUUACACAAAACGAAUAUUGUACAAAUCUUUUGUAUCUGUUUCGCCAAGCAAACAUAUCUAAAUUACACUCAGCGAAGAUUUUACAAUUAAUUAGUUCAGUCCUUCCACAACCGAACACUGCUCCAACAACACUUAAAGCAUUAUUGGAUUACAUGCAAGUUGACAAUUUGUUCGUAAAAAGAAGAGUUUGCUUGCUAUGUCACAAUAAUAUUGCAUUAUCAUCGGAUACAUGUUUUAAAUGUAACUCGAAUUAUACUAAACAAUAUGCUGAUGUAUUUGAUGCAGAUUAUGAAAAACUUUUCAGUGAAGUGAUUGAACGAAAUUAUGUUGAUAUUAAUCAAUAUCGUCAAAAGAUUAUAACCACACAAAAUGAUGAAACAAAUGACAUUCCAUUUCAAAAAAUUUUCCGUGAAUUUCAACAAACCGUAUCUCAUCGAUAUUUUAUCAGUGUUAUUCUUCAUCUUGAUGGAAUCGGAUUGGGAAAAUCCAAUAAACUAGUGUUAUGGUUGUUGUCUUGUACAAUCGUAGAAUUACCUCCUCAUCUUCGAAAUAAACGCGAAAACAUGAUACCACUCUCAGCUUGGAUUGCUCCUCGAGAACCGAUAAUUUAUAGUUGGCUAAAUGAGUGUAUACAACGUCUGAAGUAUUUAAAAUUAUCAGGGAUUUUAGUAGGUGGUACUAAACGCUGGUUUAUUUAUUUUAUUGGGGUGAUUUGUGAUUGUCCUGCGAUGAAGUUAAUUCUUAAUCAUAUUGGUAACAAUGGAUACUAUUCAUGUUGGUAUUGUAAAAUUAGUGGGAUCCAUAUAUCAAAUAAAAGACAAUAUUAUUUUGAAGAAGCACCAAUUAUGAGAACUAUCGAUAGUUAUGUAAAUGAGUCUAUGAAAGCUGAAGAAACACGUGAAAACAUAAAUGGUCAUCUUGGUAUGUCAAUUUUACAUCAAAUUCUCGAUAUACGGCUUCCAGAUUCGAUCAUGAUGGAUUAUAUGCAUAUAACAUUACUUCGACAUACGCGAGUUGUUGCUCAACAAUUGUAUUCAAGCCUUACAAGACAAGAAAGAACCGAAUUGGACAAUAGAAUACGUCUUCAACAGUUUCCACACACAUUUCACAGAAAAAUGAGACCCAUCAGUGGUACACACAUUAAGUAUGCUUUAUUUAAACUUUUUUCUUUUAAAAUAAUGUGA